GUUUAGAUAGCUGCAGGAGCUUGAGCUGGACAGGAAAGGAUACUCUGUCACUGUUUCAUGACCUCUUGUUAGAUGCACAGGUGAUCAUCUCAUAAAGAGAUACACUUACGCUCCUCUUUCCAUUUUUUCUGUAUGUUACUUCACUUCGGUAGCAAGUUUACUAACAGCCGAAGAAACAACUUGCAUAAAGAACAACAAAAGCUUCCAAGUGAACAGUGGUGAUACAGGUUCAGUAGAAUCCAAAGCAACAGACAGCCCAGCUUGAAGCUAAACCAGUAAACUCGGUCAUAAUAACACCGGUAACAUUGCUGCUUUUUAAAACAAACAUCAGUACGAAAAACAACUGGAAAAAAUCAUUUAACCUAUAACUGCAAAGUCAGGAUCUGCAACAAUUCUAGUAGUCAGCUAGCUGCCAAGACGGAAAAACUUGGGAAGUAAAAAGAAUCCAAGGCUUAGAAUGGAAUUUCCUAAACGACUAGCGAUGCUGAUGGUAUCAUUGCUAUUUAUGCUACCAGAUGCUGUGAGAGCACUUGAAUGUGAUACAAGCCAACAGAAUUUUGAACACCUUAAAUGGUGUGCUAAUACACAGUCAGGACCAAAAUACUGCAAAGGUAGUAGUAGUACUGAAGACGGAGGUUUUCCAGAAGUUCAUAUCUUCAAUCUGAAGUCAAAAUCAUCAGACAUUUCAAAUCAGACUACGGUGAAGGUAGAAGGAGUCACUAAUGUAUCAAAGUUGGUACUCAUCCUUAAUUGUGAAGAGAAAAUCACUUGGACCCUGAUCCUGGACUCUCAGCCUGGAUAUAUGAAAGUGUAUUUUUCAGGGAUUGACCUCCACUGUUCUCAUCAAAGUAUUCUAAAAGAAAAAUUCGCAAUAAUGAAGCCAUACCAAGCACUACUAAUGUGGGCACGGUAUAAGUAUGGCAUCACUGGAUCCAUAAAAUAUUACACUGAAAUGGAAUAUGCCAAAGAAUUAACAUUUCAUUUAAGAAAAGACUAUGAGAAUAUACCUGCGUGUAAACUAGAUGAAAUAAACCCAGAGGAGAUACGCUAUUUCCCUUUUUCAGAUAGUUCUUCAGACAACAGCACACCUCUAAAACAUGUUCCAGUAAUUGUCAUUCGUGUCUUGUCAUCUUUUCUCACAAGACCAUUUGAAAUUAAUAUUAAUGUCUCAUGUCCCUCGCCAGAAAAAAACAUAUUACUGUUUUUACAAAGUCCUGGUUUUGUCACAUGGAAAAUUGGAAAUACAACUAAUAUGAAAAUCAUGGCUUCAAGUAAAUACAGUAUUGGAAGUUAUAAUGGUGAUAAGCAAUUUUUAUUCCAAAAAACGCCUGAAGAUUUGGAGAAGUAUCUGGCAUCUUUGAAUUAUACUGCUAAGGGGUACAUACAAGUUCAUACAGCUGGUAGUAUCACACUAGAAGGCAGAUUUUGUGAUAAUGGGCAAACAACUUCAACUCCUGUGCCAUCUACAUCUAAACCGUCCACUACAAAUGAAGAAAUUACCGAAAUUCUUAAAUCAAUGUUAGCAGUACAUUGUGACAACAGUACUGUCGAGAUUUCUAUAUCUUUUGAGCUCAGUAAGCAAAAGCUGCCACAGGACGCACUUAUGGAUGCCACUCUAGGAAAUUCUCAAUGCAACGCAAAGAGGAACACGACUCACUUGUACAUAAAGGUUCCCAUUAAAGACUGCAAUAAUAAUGUACGAUAUCAAGGCUAUCUAAAUUUGCUCUACGUUAAUCUGAUGAUGUUUAAAGUUGUCCCGGUGCCUGUCAACUGCACGCCACAAAGCAAACCCAUUGAGCCAGCAAAGCCAGACCUAUUGAUGCAGAUUUUUGGAGACUCUGACUUCACAAGAGUUGCUAGUGUUCUGCAGAACAACAGCAUUGUUUAUACAGAGAUAACAUUACGAUCCUCCUCCAAAGAGAAAAGUUUGAAGAUUGAUAAAUGUGUACUACAAUCAAAGAUAUGCAAUGCACAGAUUAUCCCUUCCUAUAAGAUCUUACCUAUCCCUGCAGAUACUAUCUCACUGGAUGAAAAUAUAUGGGUGCAUUUUCAGUUCCAGUUCCAACAAUCGAAAGAACACAGAUCACAGCACUGGGAUCUAGAGUGUACUGUCUGCAUCUUGGACGAGGGGCAGGCCUGUGAAGAGAUAGAAGAACAUGAAAAAUAUCCAGUAAAAACAACUUUUAAAAUUGAUGAAGUCAAUAAAUGUGGUCCAGAAGGACUGAAACCAGCCGUUGUGGUGGGCGUCACAUUUGGUGCCUUUUUGAUUGGAAUGGCUCUUGUUGCUGCACUCAUUUUAAUUUACAUACGUACCAGACCUGCCAAAGAGAAAAAGUCAAUACCACUCACUGCUUCAGCCUUAGAUGAAAUCAGCACUAACCAUAGUAUUGGCAGCACACAAAGUACACCCUGCUCAACCAGCAGCAUGGCCUAACAAACUUUCCCAUCUCCAAAGUCUUCAAAACAUCAACUGGACACUCCCAUGCUCCAUCACCAGUCACACACUCCGAAAGCUCAGAGCAACCCAUCAAAGCAGCAAGCAUCUGCUGACUUGUCCCCUUUCUGGUGUAUAGAGCAGGAACAUAUGCAAACCCACAGACGCAGAUGGCUAAUAAGACAAUUGAUAUAUAUUGAUGCUUGUGAUGAUUAGACGUAUCUGCUAAAACUAAUGAUACGACUUGUGCCAUCAACCAACUGUCAAGCAGUUUCCUGUGAGAGUGUGUUCUGAUCUGGGAAAAAUCAUCUCUGGCACUUUAAUGCAUACUUCAGUUGUUUUUGUUCCUUGACCAUUUACCUUAACAGUACUGGAAGACUGACCAUGUCCUCUCUUUGCUUUGAAGUUGUAAACUGCAGCUCAAGGAUAUAUACAUUUUUCUUCUAAAUCCAUUAACUUCAGAUUAAGUUGAAUGAUUUCCUACAAACUUGACUAAAGUAGAUACUGUGCUAAUUAAUCAGGUUUCUUAAAACAUGUAAAUGCAUAGCAGUGACUGAUUCAAAAACAUGAAACCACUACCCAAAUUUUUAUCCCUACAAGUGAAAGUACCAUGCAAGCACACUUUUGCUGGAUACCAACAGGAACCUUCCAUGGUCAGCAUAUGCAAAUAGUAAGCUUGAAAGAGGACCAGUAUUUACAAACCUAAACUGGAUAAUUUCUCAUAUAGUGAGUAAACUACAGUGCAUGACAAAUUAUACAACUGUAAGAAACAAGUCUGAAUGGGAAUUAUGAACUAAUACAUGAAGAUGUGCCAAAAAAUUACAUCUAGAAAGUGUAUAUAUCCACUUUAGCACCCAGGAGUCAAGGCCUUGUUAAACAUUAAUAGUUUUCAUCACAUUUACUACAGUGAAUUUAAUUCAUACAUACUCUAGAAUACAGAGAUAAUUUUGAUAAAAGUGUGAAAUGGCCAGUCAUUUGUUCUAGUCAAUAUAAUCAUGCUUUCUGGAAAAAAAAAAAUCUGAUUUUCAACUACCAAUUCGUAAUUGACAAAGUCCCAGUUGUGUAAAUGAUGCCUACCAUCUGAUUUUUUUUUACUGGUUUCCAUUCUCUCUCUUUAUAAAACUAUACUUACUCAGUUUUAAAUGCAUCUGUUCACACCAUUAUUUGCAAUGUUAAAAAAAAAAAGCAAGCAUAAUCAAAGAUGUUUAGGAGCACCACCUUUCAUUGUAGAAAGUAUUAUUGUAUCAUAAAGGGCUGCUGUAUUAAACUAGAAGAUGCAUUCUGUGUAGCAUACAAAAGUACAUGCCUUUCAGAAAAUCCUUCAGUGACAGAAUGAGUUGCCCUGAAAUUCAACAAUUACAGCUGCCUUGCAGAGUUGUGACACAUGCAGUUUGCAGACUUUAAUUUUCACAGAAGCAUAUAAAACUGAGAGUUUUAGGGUAAUGUAGUAGUCAUGACUGUUUGGAUCCUAGUUUAUCCUUGUAUAAUAUCCAUGAUUUUCUUGUGUUGUUACCCUUCCAAUACAUCAAUACAGCAAAAAUAAUGAUGUCAUAUUGUGUCACUGUACUGUAGAAUGAGUAAUAUGGAAUUAUAAACUAUAAAAUAAAAGGAAAAGAUGUUAGUGCAGCUGCAUGAGCCAAAAAUAGUCAAGUAUAAUAUGAUAAACAAGAGGUCCAGCAUGCUUUUUGACAAGCUUCAUUGAUCAGUGUGUGCUAUUGCUGCUUUUGAAAUCAGCAGGGAUGAUUAGCCCUGUGAUGGUGGUUGUAUUACUCCAGAUAAUAUGGGUUCAUCUCUUAGGCUUUGCCACCAGCAGCAGAAUCUGGAAAGAAGGGAAGACUUAGUGUCCUGUGAAUGCAUUGCUUCUUAGGAGAGGCAAUAUAAUCUAUAUUCCAGUAGCAUACCAAAUAAAAGAAAAACUUAAGUAUCAUGGCAAUUUUGUGAUGUUAAACCUUAUUAAUGAAAUAGACCAAAAGAAACAGAAAUUACAUUCCUCUCCACAGAUACAAAAUGGAGUGAUCCCAUGCAACCAUGGAAGACCAUUGAUCAUUUUUUUUAUCCAUUCCCCCCACCACCACCAGAAAAACGCACCAAACAAUGAAACCUUGAUUGUAAGCAGACACCAAACACAUAAACUGGAUUUAGAAUAUCCAAACUCAGAGCUUAUAGGUUUAGGAAGAACAUCUAGAGGGAGUCAAUUGUACUUGGGUUAUGAAACAUAACUGAAAUUCUGAGAGGACCAUCCUUGACAGUGGAAGGUGACUGUUACAAGCAGAAGGAGGAGCACUGAAGCAUGAGAGAAUAGACUACUAAGGACUAUCUGAGGUCCUUAAAUGUAAGUAGGAAAUAUUACCACCUAUUCUAAAGCAAAACCAAAACCAAAACCAAACAAGAGGCUGUAAGAUUGUUGUCUCUUUUCAGAGUGACAUUGCUUAUGCUCCAUUUAAAGGAAUAGUGCCUAGUCUUGUGAUUUAAUAACAUUUUCUAAUAUUCUGCUUUGUUUGUAAAUGAAACAUCCUGAAAAACAUUUCUGUCAAAAGAAAAAUAUUUCUCAGUGGUUCAAAAUACACAAGCGUAUACUUCUGAUGUUCAUUUUUAUUAUUUUUGAUACAAUGCUGAACAUUUCUAAUGAUGUGUGUUUCACCUUUGAGGUGUUGUGGGCAAAUGAGUCCUCCAAGAAAGAAAAAUAUAUAUACAAGAGUAUUGAUGUGUAUAAUGUGUACACACACACACACAUAUAUAUAUAUAUAUAUAUAUAUAUAUAUAUAUAUAUAUAUAUAUAUAUACUGGCCCAUCAUACAUGAUGAAUUAACAAAGACCCCAGGAAACAAUCACUGCAUGGAAUAUAUAACAAUAGUAAUUUUGUUUUAUAUAAUUGUAAACACAAAUACAGACAGUGGUAUAUAAAUGUAUUUAUAAUAUAUAGUGUUAUUUUUAUGUGUGUAUAUGUAAUGUAUUUUGUUUUUCAUGAUUGUUAUUGCUUAUAUUAUUCAUACCAGAAAUGUAUUCAGAGGAAAAUAUCAUAGAAGUACAUUUAAAAUCAGCUUCACAUAAUAAUGCUUUAUUUAUAGCCACUUGCCUGCAGAUCAGCAGUUAUUUCAAAAUAUGUAAAGAACUGAACUAAAUAUAGCUUUAGCACAACCCACAAGAUAAUACAAAGAUCACACUAAUAUCCUGUUGAAAUACCAUAUAUUAAAGUGCCUCACUUGUCAGGGUGGCAGCUUUGCAAGUCAGACAUCGAAAACAAGACUCAUAAGCAGCACCCAAUAAAAUGGCAUUAGUCUCUCCCCGCCUUAGCCAGGCACAAUGUAUAGGACUCAUAGAAUCCCAGCUAAAUGAGAAUGUGACAGUGAGCACCUCUGAAAAGUUACCUAAACACCAUUUCAUGGUGUAAUCUGAAGUAUUUACUUGUGACAGAAAUUGUUUUACUAAUUGUAACACUGAUACAGAUAAUAGUUCAGGGAGUGUACACCUAGCCAGUGUCCAACUGCCAGACACAAGUAUGCCACUUAAUCAGUAGGUAACAUGUCUUAACGGCAGAAAAUUAAAAAAAAUGUUAUGAGUUUUACUCCAACAGAUGAAGUUAGGCCACUAAUUCUGCAGCAGUGAAGUACAAUCUUCUUAAUAAAAGUAGGAACUAUGUUCCUAUCUCAUUAAAACACAUCUAUGGAACAGAACUUGGAAGCUGGAUAGGAAUGACUCUACAGUUCUACCAGCCUAUGAUUCAGUUAGCCCUAGAUAUCAUAGCAGGCCAGUAUCUCUCUGGCUCCUUAUUUUGGUUUAGGAUAGUCUAAACUUUUUAACAGGUCAGAUUUUAAUGUCAGAACUUAACCUCCUUCAUCUCUCCUUGUGCAUGUUGAGAGCAUUCACUUAGCUUGCAAGAGGAGGGUCCCAAAAUGGGCACAAUAACUUAUUGCAUCAUUUCAUCAUGACAACAUGAACACUGUACUAGUUGCUUUUUCCAUCACAGCAGUAUGCCUAGCUAUACAUUCAAAAUUUGUAGUUCUGCCAAUUAGUGCAUUCCUUCAGUAAAACUCAAAUAUUGUAGACUGACUGAUUGUCCUUUUAUAUUACAUGCCCCUUACACUUUCUGCCUGAAUUACAGCUAAAAGUGGAUUACAGCAGAUCUAGUCACUUAACGGGUUAUUAAGUAAAGAAUUAAAAUUAAAUUAAAAUGUUGUUAUUCUGCUCAAAAGGUUUGCAUCUGACUAUGCUUGACCAGGAGUGGGUCCCUAUGAUGAACUGCUGUUGCAAGACUGGGACAGAGUAGUAGAUGGCUAGCGUUCACAUCGUGGAGGGAUGGGUCUCUGUAAGUGUGGAGAGCUGGCCCCACAUUAGAUCUUUUGCACAGAAGCAGCAUGUAGGGUUUUACUCAUCUUAUAGUGUGAUGUUAUGAUUGCAUACCCACAUGCACAGGCAUAUAUGAGGAGAUGCCACCCUGGAACAUUAUACUGUUCUCAUACAGAGACGAAGGAUAACAAUAACCUGACAGCCACUGAUCAUGCAUGACUGUCCACACAUGCAGUAUCCUGGAAAACAGUAAGAACAAUAAUGAAGGUAAACAGGUGCAGAGGGUCGAGGACCAGGUGACCAAAUGUUUAUUAACUUUUUUUUUGCUUAGAUAUGAAUGUAAAGGCAGUUCCCAUAUAACGUUUCAUUAAAAAAACAGCAUUUUCCGAUAGAAACCACUCUCUAUAAUACUGCCUACAGAUAUUGUUGUAUGGCCAUAUUGCUUGUACAGUACUUGAGUAAAUUCAGUCACCUUAGAGCUGUGUCCUCGAUAAUAAUUUCAAGGAUUAUUGAUGUGCGGCUUGUGCAAUAUUCUGAGUUUAUAUAUUAGGUGACAGUCAUGUCAGUAUACAUUAGUCCAACUACAUACAAAUAAGAUCUAACUGAAAGUGUCCAUUUUUUCCAUAAUGGCAUGCAGCAUUUUUAUGAAAUUGUGCAGCACAAUUUGACAUCUUUGCAACAGAUCAAAAACAGUUGUUCUGUAGGAUGAGUCAUCAGUCAGAGUUAACUAGUAACUGCUGAAGGGGCAUUUUUGGACAUAAACAGGCAAAACUCAACCACCAAUAGAAAAUCUGAACAUUUUGUUUCUUCUAAAAUGUGACAAUCUUGUUGUUGAGGCAAUCCCCCCACAUGAAGGUCUGGGAUGACUUCUCCAUAGUAAAUUCCCUUUGGCACAUUCUCACUUAACUAUACAGUUCUAUUACUACCAGUCUAAAUUGUAUUUAAAAGAUGUAAUACAAUAUUUUAUUAUUUUUAAUAAAGUUGAAAAUAUCAAUGAUUCCUUGUUGCCCUUCUGCUUCCUGUUACUAUGAUCAAGUGUUUUUAAGUGGUAAUACUGGACACUUUGGUCCUCCACCACUUGCAAUGACAAGCCCAUCACUUGUCUUUCCCUAAUAUGGAUUUCUUCUGCCUGAUUUGUGAGAAGCAGAUUCACAUAAAUGUGCAUGUACGCUCAAAUAUCUAAAAAUGGUGUUUGCUUGCUAUUGAAAACUGUAAGUAUCUUGUCAGUCUCUCCUAUGGCAAGAUUGCACUGAUGAAGUAGAUGUAUAAAUCCAAGGAAAUUAACAAAUGGGAGUUUUUCGUCUGUAUGUGCAUAUAUAUAUUAUGAUUGUUGAGUGUUUAAUGUUUGUUGUCAGCUUGUAUUGUAAUGCCAAGGCAAGAUUUCAAGAGGAAAAAAAUGUGAAAUGCAGCUGUUGUUUCCACAGUUUCACAUGGCAUGCCUUGUUUAAAAGCAAAGUAUCAUGUUUGAGUAGAGAUUAGGUGAAAUAGUCCAUCUGAAGUGCAUUGGCUGAUCAUGCUGUGUUUUUACUGAAUUAAUUUUGUGUCUGUAUAACCAUAGUAAUUAAUGUGGCAAACAAAAUUUUUAUUUUGUACUAAAAUCUGGCAAAAUUGUUUCAUUAGAUGUAUGUGUUUUCUUUUCUAAUUACUAUGGAAAGAAUCACAUAAUAUCCAGGAAAGAGGUCGAGAAGUUAAAACACAUUUUUCCUGUCUUUCUCCUCUCCUUGUCUCCGCAACUAUCUGGCAGUUCCUGAACUGUUUCAUCAAAGUCUCCAGAGAACUGUCUACUGACACAGGAGAAAGAAAAUAAGAUUCAUAUCUUCAGGAAAACAAAAUAUUUUCCUUUUUUUUUUUAAAUCUCGUUUUCAAACAAUGCAUCCAUAUUUGCACAGGCACAAGAUAGGCUACGGAGCUGAACUGUGGUGGAAAGUUUAAAACAACAGUAACACUUAGCACGGUCAGCAUCUGCUUCUUACUGGCAGCUACCAUUCUUGGUUCAACAUGACCACAGUCCAGAGCAGUCAGGCAAUCCAAGAACUGAAGACUAGAUUAUUCUAAAUCAUUGUUAUUGGUGGCAACAACUGUGGAAAUAAUAAAAAUAUGUAUAAAACAA